UAGCCUCAGUUCGCACUCGUCUCUGCCAGGGAGGUGGUGGCUCCUGUGUCCCCAGUCUGAGUGGAGAGACACCUGAGACAGAAGAGCUGAGAGCCAUGGGGGGUGUCUGGGCCCUGCUCCUGCUGCUGGCCGGCUGCCUGGCUGUGAGUGCAAAUCCUACGUCGAUGCCACCAGACGACAUCCAAGUGCAGGAGAAUUUCGAUGAGUCCCGGAUCUACGGGAAGUGGUUCACCGUGGCCAUGGGCUCCACAUGCCCGUGGCUGAAGAGGAUCCGGGACAAACUGAGCGUGAGCACCUUGGUGCUCGGCAAGGGCGCCACCGAGGCCCAGAUCAGCACCACCCACACCCACUGGCGGAGAGGGGUGUGUGAGGAGACCUCGGGGAUUUACGAGAAAACAGACACAGCCGGAAAGUUCCUCUACCGUAAACCCAAAUGGAACACAACCAUGGAGUCCUAUGUGGUUCACACCAACUAUGACGAGUACGCCAUUGUUCUGACUAAGAAGUCCAGCCGCCACCAUGGACCCACCAUUACUGCCAAGCUCUAUGGUCGAGAGUCGCAGCUGAGGGACAGCCUACUGCAGGAGUUCAGGGAGAUGGCCCUGGGUGUGGGCAUCCCCGCAGACUCCAUCUUCACAAUGGCCAACAGAGGCGAGUGUACCCCUGGGGAGCAGAUCCCACAGUCCAGCCCAGCCCUGAGAGCCCGGCGGGCUGUGCUACCCCAAGAAGAUGAAGGGUCAGGAGCUGGACAACCAGUAACUGAUUUCACCAAGAAGGAAGAUUCCUGUCAGCUUGCCCACUCAGCAGGUCCCUGCCUGGGGCUGUUUAGGAGAUAUUUCUACAACGGCUCCUCUAUGGCCUGUGAGACCUUCCAAUAUGGCGGCUGUCUGGGCAACGGUAACAACUUCAACUCUGAGAAGGAGUGUCUACAGACCUGCCGGACUAUAGCGGCCUGCAAUCUCCCCAUAGUCACUGGCCCCUGCCGAGCCAUGAUCCAGCUCUGGGCAUUUGACGCCGUCCAGGGGAAGUGUGUCCUCUUCGACUAUGGGGGCUGUGAAGGCAAUGGCAACAAGUUCUACUCGGAGAAGGAGUGCAAGGAAUACUGCGGUGUCCCUGGUGAUGGGGAUGAGGAACUGCUGCGAUUCUCCAACUGAUGAUGGCCGGUGUUUGUGCCAGGACAGACUUGGCCAAGUGUCCUGAGUCCAAAUAAAACCAGACUUUCCAUUGCUGGAGCUCCAUGUCCUUACCAUUCACUGUCAUCCUAAGAAUACAAGGUGAGGGGUGGGAGGGGAGAAGUUUGAGCUUGGGGCAGCAUGAGUCCCCAGAGGUUGGAAAUGCCGUGGAACUUCCUGCAGCACAUGACAUUGUCCGCGCAGUGUGAAACACAUCAGUUUGUUAUUCCACGAUAGUGCAGGGACUCAUCUGUUUUGUUUUAGUAAAGCUAGAAAAGAAA